AUGGAGACGGCUACUUCCGGGAAGUGUCGCCGCCUUCCCUUUCCCCAGGGCGUGCAAAGGCGCUGCUGCUGCUGCAGACGGGACGCUCCUCGCCGGCGGCUGCGUAGAGGCUGGAGAGCUCGGCCGGGGAGUGGGGGCCCGAGAGGCGGUGGUCGGAGGGACUCGAGCCGCUCGGCUCUUUCCGGGUCGGCCCUCGGCAGGAGCUUCGGCCCUCCCCGGCUGCCCUCGGCUGGUUCCGUCCUCUGCCUUCCUAUGUCGGACGUGCUGGCCGCUGCCGCGGGCUCCCGGUUCGAACCCUCCGCGGCCGGGGGCCUGGCAGGUAGCGGCAGCAGCUUCCACGAGGGGGUCGAAGGGGGCGAGAAGAAGCGCCUCUCGCCGCCGCUUCCUCCUCCUCCUCCUCCAGAGGAUGAAGAGUCAGCUCAAAGUUCAGAACCGGAACCCCAAACAGUUGCCACUUCAGAGAAUGACACCGUGCAGUGUAGGCUGCAGAAUGGAUCAUCUGUGAAUGCGGAUGCUACAAAGGAUUUUGGAAGUGCUGAUGGUAAUCUGGAGGAGCAAGAUGUAGCAGGAAAGGAGAGCCUAACUGAUCAGUCCCAGCAUAAAAAAAAGGAAGCCAUAGUGCAGAUGACAAAGUAUCCUGUUCCACAAGGACCAGGUGAUACAGUCAUGAUACAGUCUGAAUAUACAGGUGCAGUAGAUGUCCUUUCAGCAGAGCUGGAAACCACAGACCUGCUUGGUGAGCAGAAGAAAGCUCAACCUCCACCUCUGAUUCCACCCACUACUUGGACGAGUGCCAAGAUAAGGGAGUUCAAAACGAAGAUGACAAAGGAGAAGAAUUCCCAAAUGGUAGUGAAACGGGGUGAAGUGGUAACAGUCCGGGUGCCAACCCACCCUGAUGGGAAGCGUGUCUGCUGGGAGUUUGCCACAGAAGAUUAUGACAUUGGGUUUGGAGUCUACUUUGAUUGGACUCUGGUUACUAGCACUGCUAUUACUGUGCAGGUCAGUGAAUCAAGUGAUGAAGAAGAUGAUGAAGAGGAGGAAUUUGAAGGACCUAUUCCUGUUGGUGAUGUGGAAAGAGGCUCCAAAAGCUAUCUGCGAAACCGUUAUGGGGAGAUCAUGCCUGUCUACCGACGGGACAGCCACCGAGAAGUGCAAAUAGGCAGCCAUGACUAUCCAGGCGAGGGCAUUUACCUGCUCAAAUUUGACAAUUCUUACUCUCUUCUUCGCAACAAGAUUCUCUUCUUCCACGUCUAUUAUACCAGCUAAAGAAGUCGGUGGGGUUGGGAGUUGGUGAGACACAAGGCACCGAGAUAAGUAAAGCAAGCUUGAAGAAGUCAUAGUAUCUCUUAACAUGUGCCAUCUGAUGGCUGAAUCUGACAUCUCUGUUUGCGUGCAGAUGACUUCUUUCUACUCUGCCCCACUGCUGUAAUGGUAGAAGUGAUCACUGGCGGCUCCGAUUUGUUUUAUGCAGACACCAAACUGAGCUUUUAGUUACAGCAAGCAAUCACUGGACACCAUGUUCACGUGUCUGCUUUCCUUUCUAUGGCACGUACAUGAACUGAAAUGGAAAUAGGCUCUCUCUUUUUUGUGUGUGUGGUAAAUAUGUUGUCUUCUCCUACUGUCCUCCUGGCUGCAAAGAAUCAUUGGAAUAUACUGCCAAAGCAUGCUCUAGAACUCAUUCUAGAACUGCGUUGUUACUGUGCUGCAGCACAUUGCCGUUUGCCUGGUCUCUGGGAAUCUUGUGAGAUGGAAUGUACACGGGCCAUCUUGGCCAUUGAGAGCCUGUCCUCUCUCCCCUUUGUACAGUGGUGUGGCUCCAAAAACUAGUAUGUCCAGUGCAAGGCACAGCUGGUAAACAAGCUGAUAAACAAGAAAAGCAUGCUCUCUCUUUCAAGGGAGCCAACCAACUAUGGAAGAGAGAAGCAUAAACCUCAUCAUUUUGACUAAGGAGAAUGGGUUAAGGGGUUACCAACAAAGACUCACCUGAGUGCGCAGACGCUCGCUCGCUUGCUCACUCACUCACUAACUGGGGAACUUAUUGUGCUGCUCUUUUAGUUGGCUUGUUGCAUGAAUUCAGUAUAGCUUAAGGCAGGAGUGUGAAACUCAGUUGGGCCGGAGUGCCAAAUUCCUCAAGUGCCCACGGGCCAUUUCCUUUCUCUUUUUAAAAAAACCAAAUAAGUCACUUGCACUGGAACCAAACAUUAAUUUCACCUCAGCUAGGCAUUACAGUCGGACAAUCAGUUGUCUGCAGCUCAUCUGCACUCAUGUUUUUAUAGCUGGAUAUGAUAAAGCGGUUCCAUUUCAGAGGCUGGUGGUCACUCACAGCUCAGGUCUAACUGGGUGUAUGCAAGUAGGCCGUUUUUCUGCAGCAGAGACUUAUAAAUGUAUUUAUUAAGAUUUUUCAGAUGCAAAACUAAGUAUGCCUUUUCAAGCAGCUGCUGUUUGUGAUGUUUGUCUAAUGCAUUUGCUUGACUCUUUGCAUGACUGCAGCAAACAUUCAUAGUAUGUAGUGGACUUCUUGAGCGGGUGCCCUUGAUGUAUAGGCAGCUGUCUUUCACAAGCUGAGCAGUGUAGAUAAAAAGCAAAUAACCCACCUUCUAAAGAGGCCUGUUAAUUCUCUAACAAUGCCAUAUUAAGUGUUCUGCCAAGUGUGGUGAAGCUAGCAAAGCAAAUGGGCUAGUCCAGUGGUUCCCAACCUGAGGGCUCCCAGAUUUUGCUGAACUACAACUGUUAAGUUAGAUUUAUGGUUUAAAAUGUUUAAUGCUGAUUUUAAAUGAUUUUAAUGUUAAUGUUUUUAAUUUUUAAGUGAUGUUAAUUGUUAAUUGUUUUGUUUGUUGUAAACCACCCUGAGCCAUUUUUGGUGGGACAGUAUAUAAAUCAAAUCAAAUAAAUAAAUAAGUACAACUCCCAUCAGCCCUAGCUACAAUUUAUUGUGACUGGGGAUGAUGGGAGUUUUAGUUCAGCAACAUCUGCCCCCUCCCCCUGUCCCCAGGUUGGGAACCACUGGGCUAGCAAGAGACAACUUGUUCCAAUUGUUUAAAGAAGGUUAACAGAAAUCAGAACAACCCACUUUAAGUCUUUCAAAUCUUGGAUGAAAGAGUUGGCAAGCAAGAGACCCUGCUAACUUUGAAAAAGGGAGUUGUAUAUGAGUUGCUGCACCUGUUCUAUGUUUCCUCAGGGUGAGAUUGGAGGAGUAGAAAACAAAUUACUGGUUCCAGACCAGGAGCAGAAAAAGUUACAAGUCUUGCAAGGAGGAAAGGUUUUAGGUUAAUUUUUUUGCAAACAGGUUAGUUAGGGUCUGGGCACACAAGCAUAUCAAUAACCUCCCAAACAGAUAAUUACAUUAGGCUUUGAGAGCUGUCUGUCUAUAAAUGUCCUGGAUAUCAGCUGCUUCUCUUGGUCCUGAAGAUCCAGAAAGAGACUGCCUAUGUCUCUUUAUUGUGCAGCUUUUUAAUUUUUAAUCUGACUGCUCUCUUGAACAUUUUUAUAGCAUUCUUCUUCUUCAAAGCAUUUUGCUUUCAAAGCUUCAUCUCUCGAUUGCCCACCUCUCAUGGAACAUUUGGAGUCCACAAUACAACUGCCUGUUUUCAACACAAGGGCUUUGCUUCAAAUGGCACCUAGGAAAUCAAUAUGAGUGUUUGCUGUGUAUGAGGUUUUUCCUGAAAAGACCAGUUAAAAAGGGAGAAUGUAUCAUAUAUGCAAGCUUGAGCUAGAUUCAUGUAACUAUAGAGCUGUCUUAGGGGCAAAUCCCCCUUUUGUCACAUGAACAUAUCCUCAGCUGGAUAAACCUGUCUUUCUCCUUUAGUCUACAAUAUCUGUUAGAGGUGUGUUAGAUCAAGUUAAUUGCUGUUGAAGCUGACUACAUGUUCUUGCUGCAAAAAUAGAAUGCAGGGUUGCCUCCCUGCUGAACACUGAGCUGAUCUUGGAGUAGAGAAUAGAUAUUGAAAGUAAAAUUGUUAUUGAAAAUUUAAGAUCUCAAAGUGGAUUGAGUUAAAACUUGCAAUAGUGUCCUACUGAGUAAAGGCCCUGCAAGUAUUUCUUUCAACUCUAUUCUUUUUGAGCUAAUUUAACAUUUACUCUUCUAAAAACACAUUGCAUUUGUCAUGUUAUUUCUCUCAUUGCAUUUGUCAUGUUACUUUAAAAUAUAUAUAUUUUCAACAAAUACAGCACAUGUGUAAAAACUGUGCAGCAAUGGAAAAAAGCAAACAAUAAAUACUCGAAAUAUAAGCCAGAACUUAAGAGCCAUUUGAGGUUAUACUCAAGUCCAGUGUUAAGAAGAGAUUGUCGUUUGAGCAUGCAGGUACAACUUGAUAGGAAACUAUUGAAAACAAAAUUUAAGAAAGAACAUCAUUCCAAAAUUUGAUUUGAGUGGAUGGAGGGUUACAAACUGACCAUCCCUUAUUGACAUAUUCAGUAAAUGGAAACCAUAUUUCCAAAAACUUGUCUUUUGUUACUCCUCUAACUAACCUGAUUUGGUGGGUUAGCUUUUCGGAGUCAUGUUACUUUUUGAAUAAUAUUUGCAAACUAAUGUCAAGGCAUGUUAAAGGAAAACGAACAGUACUCUGUAUAGGAUGUUUCCUAAAGCAUGCCUCCACUGAAGAAUCAAAGUACAGGCCUCCAAGCAGCCUAAGUACCAUAUGUAGGGGACCCAGGUGGUGCCCAGUCCAGAUAUGGUCCAGGCCCACACCCUCUCUUCUUCAAAGAUGGAGCCAAGUCAUAAUUUAUCACUGACUUUUCUCGCUUUGCUCUAGGAACUUAGGAAGCUGCCUUAUACAGUCAGACAAUUGGUCCAUCUAGCUCAGUACUGGCUACACUAAUUGAGUGGAUUUCCAGGGUUUCAGGCAGGAGUCUUUCCCAACCCUAUUUGGAGAUGCCAGGGAUUCAACCUGGGACCUUCUGCAUGCAAAGCAGAUGCUCUAUCACUGAGCUAUGGACCCAGCCCACACUACAAAGAAUUAAUAGAAAUUCACACAUGCUCCUUGGAUCACAGACUUGAAAUUGUUGGGAGCCUGUAAUCAUUCCCCCAAGUAAUUACAUGAACCAUUAUUAAAGCAAACACAUCCUUGUCUGCAUGUGAUUCAAAUAACUUUUCGGCAUUAUACGUUCCAUUGUGGGUGGAAUAGAACUGCAAUUGCAAGCAUCAGGCGAGAUCUGGUAUGACUCCAUGCUCUUAUAUGGAUGCUUAUGGGAAGUUUGAGGUCAUGGUUAGCUAUAACCUCCUAGUUAAAACACUUCGACAGCUGCCUCACUUUUUAUGAAUGUAAAGCUACUUUUUUGGAUUUAGAGUAGAUUAUGUGGAAAUUAUGUGAAAUAGAAAUGUAGCCAUUCACUGUGGCAAGCCCUGUUAGGUCUGAUCCCCACCUUAUGACUUCAGGUAUUGGGAAUAAAGUUUAUUCCUCCAAAGGCUUUUUACAACCUUUCUUUGUGGUUGCUGCAUGGGAACCUCUGGGAGCUGUGCCUGCCCAGUAACUCGUCCUCAGAGGCAUUCUUCCUUUGAACCUGCAAGUUCAAUUUAGCUAAUAUCUAAUUAUAGACCUGUUUUCCAUAAUGUGUCUAAUGUAAGCCUAUCUAAGCUCCUAGCUAUUGCCUCUUGUGGCAGCAAAUUCCCUAAAUUAAUUAAAUUAAUAUAUUUUGCAGAACAAUCCUAUGCAUGAUUGCUUGGAAAUAAACGCUUACUCUCUAGUAAGCAUGUGUAGGAGGAGCCUCAUUCAAGCACCAUUUGAUAAUUUUUCUGAAUUCUCACCUUUUGUCCCUUGUAUUGCAAAUAACAUGCUAGGCAGGUGAUCAUUUGGGGCUAAUCAGUUUCUCUGAUCUCUGAAAGCUGCUCAGGGAAAAUUAAAGCUGCCUUGUUUAUCUUCUUAACCAGGAUGCAGUUGCCAGGAAACAGAUGCAUUAAGAGCUGUAUAACAGAAAUCUAAUGACCCUAGCAUCCCAAGGACUUCAGCCUUCAAAGCAUAUUCCUGCUACCUGCUCUGCAGGCCUUAAAGCAUUUCAUUUAAAUAAAUAGCAUGAGGUAAUCCUUGCUGAGGCCACCUAAUGGCACAGCGAGGAAGUAACUUGCCUAGGGAGCAAGAGGCUGCCAGUUUGAAUCCCCGCUGGUAUGUUUCCCAGACUAUUGGAAUCACCUCUAUCGAGCAGCAGUGAUACGGGGAGAUGCUGAAAGGCAUCAUUAUAGUGCACGGGAGAUGGCAAUGGUAAACCCCUCCUGUAUCCUGCCAAAGAAAACAACGUGGCUCAGUAGUUGCCAGGAGUCGACACUGACCUGAAGGCACAACAACAACAAUCCAUGCUAGGAAGGCAUGGGGAUACAUUAGAGGAGACGUAAGCUUGUGUCCUGACUGCCUGUAUACUUUCUUUGAGCUAGGAAACAGUGACUAGGUUCAGAUGUAAAGUGAAACCAUGGUCUUAUGCGACAAGAACAUGCCUCGGAAAGACGACUCUUUCCUGUGAAAAGGAGGAGAGUGAAAGUUCUUGCUUUUGAUAUGAAAUAACAUGGAACGGUACUCUACGUAUGAACCCUGCAAGCGGUGGUUCAUUCAAACCACACUUGGGUAAAACAGAUCUGGAUGAAACUGGUUUCAGUUCCUGGUUUGUUUUACUAACUGGUUUGAUUAAGCUACAGUUCAUAUGUAACUCAGAACAGUAAUUUUAGUUCAAACCAAAAAGUGGAAACUUUCAUGUUGUUCCUCCUCACUUGCAAAAGAGGGGAGGAAAGAGCAUGCAUUCUCCCAAGCUCAUUUUCAUAAUGGUUUCCCAUUAGUCUGAACUCUUCCUGUCAACCUUAGUGCUUCAACACCAAGACCCAAACCCAUGCAAUGUAAUCAGCCAUUGGACGUAUCCAAAGAAAGUAAUGAGUAAGCACUACUGAGAUUAAUGAGAUAAAUUAGUCAUGACUAACUUAAGUCACAUUAAUUUCAGUGGGAUCAGUAGUGGCUAGUGGGCAUUGGAGCUGGAGGGGUAGGGGAGAAUCUGGUCACCGAGGCAGAAGCCUACCCAGGAAGAAGGGUAAAAUGUAUUUAAAAUAUAUUCCCUGAAGCAACCAGGAAGUGCAUUUUAACUCAUUAUUUUAGUUCUUCCUAAGGGCAGUGCCCCCUAGGAAUCAGAUUGGCUGGAGCAGCUUGAGUAGCAGCUGUUCCAGCCAGUAAGACCAAAAUAAGUAGUUAUAGGCAGGGGAGGAGGGGCUGGAAGAAGCUCCCUGCUCUGAAGGUUUCCCUGGCUGCUGGUAAGUCUGAUCCUUUAUUAGCUUGUUUAUUUUUGUUUGGGGGGACACUGACCCUCCUGCCCUUACUAACCAGCCUCCACUGAGUGGGACUUAGUCAUAACUUUCUUUGGAUACAACCACAUUUUCUUGGCUUUUCUCAUUAGAACCAAUGAGUCAACCUUUUUGUCUCACCUUAAAGUGUGUUCUGAACUUGUAGCCAUUUCUUGCUCUUUGAUUUGCUUAUUCCUGACCUGUAGUCAAGAAUAACUUCUGUCAGGUACUUGCAAAAAAAAAGGUGGGGGGAUAUAUAUUUAUUCAUGCAGGCUCAGAAGUGGAUUCCUCAUAAGGAGGCUUAGCAUGACAAAGUUUGGGAAAUCCUGAUCUUGAACAAAUACUGUGUUUGAAGUAAAUAACCAAGUGCAAUGUGUUAGCAGAUGUUCAUCUAAUCAUUUUCCUGCAUCAUUUCUUGGGUUAUUAGAUGUGUUGGAUCACAGAGGUUACUGUGAGAGCCACUUGGAUGAAAACAAUGAUGACCCUGCUGAAAAACACAACUCCAGUGGUGAUCCAUAUACUUGACUCAAUCCCAAGAGGAUGCACCUGCAAAUAGGCGUUUAACGGUGCAAUCCAAAACAUGCAUUCUAGGAAACAAGUAUCACUAAAUUCUGUAGGACCUACUUAUAAGUAGACAUAGGAUUUGGCUGUAAGAGAGUGUAACCAACAUAUUGGCCAGAUCUAAAGAGAUUAGCUAGCCCAAUGGGAUGUUUUGACUUUUUUGAACAUCAUUCCCUCUGCCAAAUCAAAAUAAAUUUGUAUGAAACUGCCUUAUUUGGAUUUUGACUUCUGGUCCAUCUAGCUCAGUAGAAUCUCUUGUGAGUGAGGCGAAGAUCUUACCCAGUGCUUUCCAGAGAUUCUUUUAAUUGGAGAUGCUAGGGAUUAACCUGGGACCUCCUAUUUGCAAAGCAUCUUCUCUACUACUGAGCUAUGGCCUCUCCCAUUAGUAAACCCCUUGGUUUUAAUAGUGGUUUGCCAUGCAGUAUGAAGGGAGCUUCUGCUCAAGAAAAACACAAGUCCAAAGCCUUUUUAGGUGUGCAGAACUAGUUGAUAUACAAACAGUGGAGUGCUCUCUCUCCCCACAUGAUACCACUAGAAUACAGUGAUAGAAACUUUCAGGGCUGGGGGCAACAGUGUAAGGAAGAAGAGGCACCUGAACGUCACAGGCCAGUGUUUAACAAGAUGGGAUACUUACAGUAGCCAUAUUGUUCCUACAGAAUGAAUAUCACAGGAGAGGCUAGAUCAGUGAUUCUCAAACUUGGGUCCUCAGGUGUUAUUGGACUUCAACUCCCAUAAUCCCCAACCAAAGGCCACUGAGGCUGGGGAUUAUGGGAGCUGGAAGUCCAAUAACACCUGAGGACCCAAGUUUGAGAAUCCCUGGGCUAGAUUAUUCCUUCUACUGGAUCAGUUAACUUUGAAAGUGAGCUUUUGAAUUACACAGAAGUCUUCUCUUGCAGUAGGUGUUCAAAGAAAAAGAAUAAUGCUAUGUACUGAGGUUGGGUGUUUGAAAUAAAGUUGGAGGGUUUUAAACUGGUACUACAGCAAUUGGGAUACAAAUGGUUUAUUUUUGCUUUGAAUGUUUGGGCCAGAAGAAAAAUUCUGUGUCGCUCAAAAGCUUCUAACAUUUUCAACAUGUGACUGGCAACAGCUAGGCUUUGCCCCACUUGUUCUGAUGUUUACUUUUUAACGACUAAUGAGCUUAAGCUUGGGUAAGAUGUAGGAUGGCAGCUAAUGGUUAGACCUUUGUAUGUUUACUUGGGAAGAAGUUUUAUUGAACAUAGUGAGGCUUACCCACAGAUAUAUAUGCAUAAGAUUUAGCCCAUAAGAGAUUUUAGAAGUAGCAUGGAAACUCAAAUUUAUAAGGACUUAGAUGGAAUAGAAAAGACUGAGGUCAUUCACACAAUCAAAAAUUCUAUUCUACCUGGGUUUGUGAGCUCUCUGUGCUCCCAAUUGUUGAUUCUGUGGAAGCAAGGUGGGAUGAAAACCUGGGUAGAAGUGAUUGUGUGGAAGCAAGGUAGGAGGAAAACCUGGGUAGCUUUCCUUCCUUCCUUCCUUCCUUCCUUCCUUCCUUCCUUCCUUCCUUCCACACAAUCGAAAACUCGGAGCAUACACAGCCCCCAAACCUGGGUAGGACACAGUUUUUGAUUGUGUGGAUGACUUUAUUGUCUUGUAUGUCUCAGCAAUUCAACUUGCCUUCUGUUUUGCUUCCAGCAGAAAUGCCUAUUGGGCACUUCAUUUCUGUAACCUGGGGGGGGGGGGUUGUGAUCUUGACUGACUUAAUCAGUAAACAUGAUGCAUAAAUAUGCUGUUCUUGUCCUCUCAGUUUAUGAAAAAUUCUUGGGAGGAUGUUUUACUAAGCUGUAGCACCAAAUCAUGUGUUCUGGUCCUGGCUAGAUAAAGUCUCUCUCCAAUGUGUGUGUUUGUUCUUUUCAGAACUCUGCUAAUGACUGGCGCAUAUUGUGAUGUGGUUGUUUUUGCAACUCUGUUUUCACUGUUUAAAUAUUAUUUCAAUAAACAUGUCCGUUGCACAGCU